AUGUUGAACUUCAGUGCUUCAUCCAACAAUAGAAGGGCCAUUCUCCAGGCGACCGCACAGGAGACCCUCAAACACAUUCCCACUGUACUCCAGCUCAGACCAGAUGCUCCACCUACUGGAUACAUUUGCCUACAGAGCAGGUAUACACCGCUGAGUUCGAGGUUCUUUCCAAGCCUCAGUACCCGAGUGCAGGUUGUCGAUCGUGACAGCUACGAUGUUGCCAUCCAACUUACCAACUCGCAAGCAGCCAACAAUGGAGAUACGAAGCCUGUUUGUGUGCUCAAUAUGGCCAGUGAAUAUCACGCUGGUGGCGGCUGGCUGAAAGGAUCCAUGGCCCAAGAGGAAGCUCUCUGCUAUCGAAGCACCCUAAGCGCAACACUCAAGAAACGAUUCUAUCCGUUGAAGUUGCGGGAAGCCAUUUAUUCACCAACGGUUGUGGUCUUCCGCGAAAACUACAAUAAAAACCACCAAAUCAUGGAUAUCCAACGGCCUCAGCAUCUGCCGGUCGUAAGCGUUGUCAGUGUGGCGGCCAUCAGAAAUCCAAAAGUGAACACUCAUGUCUCUCCACCUAAAUAUCAGGACCCAGAUGACCGGAUGAUAAUGAUGGAGAAGAUGCGAGUUACCCUUCGCGUUGCCGUGCAUAAUAGGCACCGUAGCCUUGUUCUCGGUGCUCUAGGGUGUGGCGCUUUCAGGAACCCGAAUGAAGAGGUUGCGAAUUGUUGGUUUGACGUUCUACAAGAGCAAGAGUUCCGAGGAUGGUUUAACAACAUUAUAUUCGCUGUGCUGAAGGAUACAAACCAAGGAGACGACAACUUUACGGUGUUCCAUAGGAAAUUGGACGGACUCCUAGUUUAA